AUGGAGUUUUCAGAUUAUGCCCUUGCAUGGUGGGACCAAUUGAGCAUCAACCGCCGCAGAAAUAGGGAGGCUCCAGUGCGUACUUGGACAGAACUUCGUACACUCAUGUGGAAGAGGUUUGUUCCUCCUCAUUACCAUCGUGAAGUAUUGCGGAGAUUGCAGAGCAUAGAACAAGGAUCUCGGUCAGUGGAGGAGUACUAUGAGGAGCUUGAAACACUUCUUCUACAAGCUGAUAUCCAUGAAGAUCAGGAGCAAACGAUGUCUAGAUUUUCGAAUGGGCUUCAAAGGGAUAUUGCUGAUGCGGUAGAGAUGUACCAAUACGUGGACCUCAAGGAGAUGGUACACUUGGCCAUAAAGGUGGAGAAGCAACUAAAAUCAAAGAGGAUGCAAGGUAAUCCGUUUAAACUUGCUCCAAUUGUAGAGUCACCUAAAGCACCGCUUCCACAACAUAUCAACAAAGGAAAAGAGGAGUCCAAUUUGAAGUCCUCCUUAGAAUCACCCGCAGCAAAAGGUACUCCGGAUACAAGUGCAUCUACUCUUUCAUAUAGCCUAACUACCCCUCAAUCUCUCAAAUCUUCAUCCUUACCAAUAAAUACAUCUGCCCCGAGCCACUCUCAAAUACUCUACCCUUCUACUCAAAAAUCUAACACGAGUGUUGUGAUUCUGGGUGAAACCUGCUGGAAUAUUAAACACAAGAGUGAGAGGUCUAAUCUUUUUAUGUGUAGGAAGGAAGCUUUACGCUUGGAACAUGGAGUUCAUUGUUUGCUAUUACUUUCUAAACCUACUUAUUUUUCCAUGAAUGACUCUAACAAACUUCCAUCUAGUUUUUCUAACUUAUUGCAGGCGUAUGAUAAUGUUUUUCCUGAUGAAGUACCCCAUGGUUUACCACCCACUCGUGGGAUUGAGCACCAAAUUGAUUUUGUCCCGGGAGCAUCAAUUCCUAAUCGGUCAGCCUAUCAAGCCAAUCCGGAUGAGGUAAAGGAAAAAAAAAGGCAAGUCGAGGAUCUACUGAGCAAAGGUUGGAUUCAUGAAAGCCUAAGUCCUUGUGCUUUACCUGUCCUAUUUGUGCCAAAAAAAGAUGGAGGUUGGCGCAUGUGUGUGGAUUGCCGAGCCGUCAACGCUAUAACAGUUAAGUAUCGUCAUCCCAUUCCUAGAUUAGAUGACAUGCUUGAUAAUUUGUGUGGUUCUUGCAACUUUUUGGGUUUUAUUGUACGAAAAGAUGGAGUAUGUGUAGAUCCUGCGAAUAUUGCAGCCAUCCAAAAGUGGCCUACACCUACUAGCGUGCGUGAUAUCCGCAGUUUCCAUGGCCUUGCAAGUUUCUACCGUCAAUUUGUGUGGAACUUCAGCACUAUUGCAGCACCCUUAACUGCAGUUAUCAAAAAAGAGGAUAAGUUUGAGUGGGGAAGUGAACAACAAAAUGCUUUUGAUACUUUAAAUUCGAAACUUACAUGUGCACCCGUACUUGCUUUACCUGAUUUCUUUAAACCGUUUGAACUUGAUGCCUCUGGUGUAGGUAUUGACGCCGUCCUCUCACAAGAAAAGAGACCCGUUGCAUUUUUUAGUGUAAAGCUACAUGGCCCUGCGUUGAAUUUCUCAACCUACGAUAAGGAAUUCUCUACAACUUGUUCUCCAUUUGAGGUUGUUUUCGGUUUUAACCCAUUAACUCCUCUUGAUCUUAUGACAUUGCCACGCAAUGAGCACGUUUGUUUUGAUGGCAGAAAAAGGGCUGAAUUUGUCCAACAACUUCAUUCUCAAGUUGUAUUCGAGAUAGGAGACUGGUUUUGGCUACACUUAAGGAAGGAAAGAUUUCCAAAAUUGCAAAAGUCGAAACUUACUCCCCAUGGCGAUAGACCUUUUCGAGUGUUGGAACGCAUUAAUGAUAAUGCCUACAAACUUGAACUCCCAGCGGAUGAAUAUCUUGUUCGGGAGAACAAGAAAGCUUUUCAAGAAGGAGGGAAUGACGAGGACGUCAAAUCUUCAAAUCUGCUGCUUACUCCGACUUGUUUCCACCGUACUCCUAGCCGGUCCACGGGGAUGUAUCCCCAAUAG